AUGGAUAACAUAGAUUUAAAAAUUUUAAUUGAUGAUUUAGUAUUUAAUCAAAAUUUUCUUGAUUAUUACGAUUUAAAAUCAUAUCUCCAAAAACAUAAUAACAAUAUAAUGGGUGAUGAUAUGGAAUAUUAUUAUCCAUAUUAUAAAAAUGAAAUUUUGAAAUAUCAUAAUAAAAUAAUUUCUAAAAUUAAAGACAAAAUUAAAAAUAAUGAAUAUACAAAGGGAAAAACUAAAUCACAACUUAAACAGUUGAAAGAUUUCAAAAAUAAAGUAUUAACAGAAGAAGAUAUUGAUGAAUUAUAUAAUUUAUAUAAUCCUGAGCCACAAAAACCAAAGCCGAGGUCUAAAGUAGCAAAUGUUCAACAGCUAAAGGAACAAAACGCCCAGGUCCUUCAGACCAUAAAUGAUGCACAAGCUUUAAUUUAUGAUUCAUUAGUUAAACCAUAUUCAGCCCGACUUUUAAAUGAAGAUCAACUUUUGGAAUUCAUCCUUCAACAUAAACUCGAAGCGGGAAAGUAUAUCAAACCUUUAUAUACAACAUAUUUAAAACAAAUGAAUAGAAUACAUCCAGAAUUAAUGAAGGGGGAAUGA